GCGCGCGAGACCGCAUGGAGGCCACCGAGAGGAAGCAUCUGUUAGACGCCAGGCUUGGAGCCGGGUCUUACAGAUCUCUGUGGCAGGAUGGGGCUGGCAGGAUUCCUCUGUCUUCACCUGGCCUGGACUUGCAGACCGUUGAGCUGGCUACCAAGAGCAACCAUUACUGUCAUGCCCAGACGGGUCCUGGCAGUGACUGCGACCUCAAGAAGAAGAGGGCGUGGCGCCAGCUCUGUGUGGCCUGUGCCUUCUGCCUGUUGUUCAUGAUUGGGGAAGUCGUUGGUGGGUACCUGGCACAUAGUUUGGCGAUCAUGACAGACGCAGCCCACCUGCUCACUGACUUUGCCAGCAUGCUCAUCAGCCUCUUCUCCCUGUGGAUGUCUUCCCGGCCAGCCACCAAGACCAUGAACUUCGGCUGGCAUCGAGCUGAGAUCCUGGGCGCCCUGAUCUCUGUGCUGUCCAUCUGGGUCGUGACCGGGGUGCUGGUGUACCUGGCGGUGGAACGGCUGAUCUCUGGGGACUAUGAGCUCGAGAAGGGGACCAUGCUGAUCACGUCGGGCUGUGCUGUGGUCGUGAACAUCAUAAUGGGAUUGAUUCUUCACCAGUCUGGCCACGGACACAGCCAUGGCCAUGAGCACAGCCACGACACCAGCCAGCAGCAGGAGAACCCCAGUGUCCGAGCUGCCUUUAUCCAUGUGGUUGGAGACUUUCUGCAGAGCUUGGGCGUUUUAGUGGCAGCCUUUAUUUUAUACUUCAAGCCAGAGUACAAGUUUAUAGACCCCAUCUGCACCUUCCUCUUCUCCAUCCUCGUCCUGGGGACAACCUUGACCAUCCUGAGAGAUGUGAUCCUGGUGCUGAUGGAAGGGACCCCCAGGGGCAUGGACUUCAUGGCUGUGCGGGAUCUGCUGCUGUCGGUGGAGGGGGUGGAAGCCCUGCACAGCCUGCAUAUCUGGGCGCUGACUGUGGCCCAGCCUAUCCUGUCUGUCCAUGUCGCCAUCGCUGGGAAUGCAGACGCCCAGGCUGUGCUGAAGGCAGCCAGGACCUGCCUGCAGGGUAGGUUCCACUUCCACACCGUGACCAUCCAGAUAGAGGACUAUUCUGAGGACAUGAAGGACUGUCAGUCAUGCCAGGGUCCCUCGGACUGA